AUGCCGGAUGUGGAUGUGGGUGCUAAGGUGGAUGUACCGAAACCACAUAUUUCAAUCAAGACACCGAAAUUCGGGUUCGGUCUGGGCAAGAAGAAGACGAAAGUGAAGACUCCAAAGGCUGAUGUGAAAGUGGAGGGUGGAGCAGGUGAGGAUAUAGAUUUGGAUGCCGGUUUGGACGCUCACUUAGAUGGUAAAGCAAGAAAGGGAGGUAAGAAGUUCCAUUGGUCUCCUAAGUUCGGGUUGCCGAAGGGUGGUCUGAAGAUUGGUGGAGGUGCUGGUGUUGGAGUGCCGGACACCUCGGUGUCUGUCUCAGGUACGACUGGUGGUGUGGAUGUGUCUCUUCCGAAACCCGAACUCGAUGUCUCCAUGGAGGUUCCCGACGUUGGUGUGUCCGCCUCUGUGCCCGAAAUCGAUGUAUCAGGUGGUGAGUUGGGACUGACUGGGAAGGUUUCUGCACCCGGUGUGGAUGUCAGUGUUCCGUCGAAGAAGAAGAAGAAGUUCACCUUCGGUUGGGGCUCGAAAGACAAGAAGGCGAAGAAGGUGAAGUUGCCCACAGUGUCGGGAGACGUGGAUGCUAGUUUGGAUGUGGGUGGAAAGGUUGAUGUUCCCAGUGUGAAGGUUGAUGUGGACUCAGGUGAUCGAGUCAAAGGUAAGAAGUUCCACUGGUCUCCGAAUAUCUCAUUGCCAAAGUUGAAAGUGCAUGGACCAGAUUUGUCUGGAAAACUUCAUGCAGAUGCAUCUGAUGUGGAUGUGAAUGUGACUGGUCCAUCUGUGGAGAUGCCAUCUCUGAAAGCCAGUGGUCAUUUGCCUACUGUCGAUGUGUCCGUUCCCGAUGCAUCGUUGGGAGGUGAUCUAUCCGGUAAGCUCGAUUUGGAGGGUGUCGGUGUGGGAGUUGUGGACGCUGAUUUGAAUCUGCCAGACCUACAGAUCUCAGGAAAUGUGAGUGCACCGUCUGUCGAGGGAGACCUAUCCAUGCCAGAUGUUUCCGCCAAUCUGGACACAGAUGUGAAACUGCCCAGUGUGCAACUGACUGGUCCAGAUCUCCGUGUACAUGGUGAGAUGCCGGAUGUGGAUGUGGGUGCUAAGGUGGAUGUACCGAAACCACAUAUUUCAAUCAAGACACCGAAAUUCGGGUUCGGUCUGGGCAAGAAGAAGACGAAAGUGAAGACUCCAAAGGCUGAUGUGAAAGUGGAGGGUGGAGCAGGUGAGGAUAUAGAUUUGGAUGCCGGUUUGGACGCUCACUUAGAUGGUAAAGCAAGAAAGGGAGGUAAGAAGUUCCAUUGGUCUCCUAAGUUCGGGUUGCCGAAGGGUGGUCUGAAGAUUGGUGGAGGUGCUGGUGUUGGAGUGCCGGACACCUCGGUGUCUGUCUCAGGUACGACUGGUGGUGUGGAUGUGUCUCUUCCGAAACCCGAACUCGAUGUCUCCAUGGAGGUUCCCGACGUUGGUGUGUCCGCCUCUGUGCCCGAAAUCGAUGUAUCAGGUGGUGAGUUGGGACUGACUGGGAAGGUUUCUGCACCCGGUGUGGAUGUCAGUGUUCCGUCGAAGAAGAAGAAGAAGUUCACCUUCGGUUGGGGCUCGAAAGACAAGAAGGCGAAGAAGGUGAAGUUGCCCACAGUGUCGGGAGACGUGGAUGCUAGUUUGGAUGUGGGUGGAAAGGUUGAUGUUCCCAGUGUGAAGGUUGAUGUGGACUCAGGUGAUCGAGUCAAAGGUAAGAAGUUCCACUGGUCUCCGAAUAUCUCAUUGCCAAAGUUGAAAGUGCAUGGACCAGAUUUUUCUGGAAAUCUUUAUGGAGAUUCAGCUGUUCCUAAUAAUCAUUUAAUUGACCCUGUACCUAAUGUUCUUUCUUCUUCUACGGUCCCUUCUUCUAUUCCUGGUGUUGAUGUUUCUCGUUGUUACCUUCUUUCUGAUUCUUGUUUAUCUCCCGAAUUCUUGCAAUCUUACGUGCUUGAUUCUGGUUUGGUUGUCUCUGUUUCUGGCAUUAUUUCCCCUUUGGUUAGUUUCAGUCCUGCUCUCGUUUCUCCUCCUUCACCUUCUGAUCCAUUCGAAUCUGUUGAUUUCCUUCCUAUCGUUGAGGAACCUGUUAUUUCACCGUUUUCCUCACCUGAAUUUUGUGAAUCCAGUACUCUUCCUUCUCGAAUUUCUCCUCGAAAUGCUUUUCAAGAUAUAGAUGAGAGCUUUUCAUCUCCUGUUGAUUCUGGUUUUAAUGGUGACAUUUCUAAUGAUGAGGCUGAAAUUGAUGAAAUUUUUAUUGUUCCCAUUCAAACCGAUCGUGUCCUACCGAAAGAGCAAUAUUUUACAGAAUCACAGGACAUUGUAGGUGCUGAAGCUGAAGAAGAAUCGUAUUCUCCCACUCAGAAUUUGAAUGCAUCACAUGGGAUAAAAUCUGAUGAAAGUAAAUUACACAGUUUAUUUCAUAUUUUGAAAUCAAAAAAACAUGAUAAAGAUUCUGCUCAUCGAGUAAAAGUCAUCGAUGCCAACGACCAAAUCUCAAGAAAUACUGAAAAACUUAAUGUUAAUAAUACUCUUUAUAGCAUCCCUGAUGGUUCAGGACGUAUUACAGUUGACAGCAAGUCUACGAAAAAGGUGAAAUCUCAUCAUAAGAAACCACACAUAUUCGGUGGUCAAAUAUCGACUGAUGAAAUUAUUUCAGAUACUCCCAUGAAGCUGGAUCAUCAUGGAGACUACCACGACCUAAUAGGAGUAUCUGUUUCUGGUCAUAAUGCUGAUCUUGCUUUAACUCCUCGGCGUUCUCCCAGUAAACUCAGAGAUCCCUCUAUUAGGAAAACGUGGCAUGGUGCAAGAGAACCCUAUUCUGACUUUGUAGGAAGUCUCAAUUCAGACCAAGAUGAAUACACUUUAACCGAAGAUGUUUCGGUUAGUUAUCUACAACCAAGGUCAACCACAAAAUCUUCAAAUAACAAUUCAUUAAACGCUUCUGACUUUCUUCGACGUAGUAUAGGAAAUUCAACAAAACGCCGCCCUUGGAGCACUUUAGAAUAUCCACCACCUGGGUGUCAUUUUGUGGACGAUGAUUACAUGUUUCCAGAUGCUUUAACACCGACUAAAAUUCCAAGUUUUCGAGCAAGCAAGGAAAUAGUUUAUGAUGUUCCAUAUAUCGACGAUAAAGCCAUUCCACGUUAUGAACCUGAAUGGCCUAUAGGUGAAUCAAGAAGAACUUUGAUAUCUCAACUCUCGCAGAAUAGUGGCAGUAUUGUUCGAAUGACAGCUGAGGAAGAAAGCAGUCUUAUAUCACUUGAUACUAAACUCUCCGAUCAUCAGAAUAUAUCCAAAAGAAUAAGUCGAUUUACAUCACAUCUAUUGAAAGGUAACAAAUCUUCAUUGGAACAAGAUGAUGAUGUUUCAAAAUCUCGAUCGAAAAGUUUAACUCGAUUAAAAAUAUGGUGGUCUAAACGUGGUUCACCGCAUAAAUGAAACUUGACAUUUUAUAAUAGUAAUAAUGUUAUUAAUCCAUUUAUUUCCAAUUCACUUUUGUUCUAAAAAGACAACCAGAAAUUGUAUUGAUGGAAAUUUACACACAAAAAUGUUUUCCCAAUUUUUCAACUUUAUGUCUCCUCAACUAAUCACCUACUAUUAAUUUGCUGCAUUAUUCUAUCAGAAUAACCAUCGAUUCAGCAUCUACAAUAAUAAUGAUAAUUAUUAUCUAAGUAUAUUUCGUUUGCAUGGAGUCCUAAAUGGCUUGAAAUUCAACUAUUAAUUAUUUAAUAGCUCUACCCAACUCCACUUUCAACUCCUGUUAUUGAAGUUAUCUUAUCUUUUAUUCAUCAACCCAGUUAUUACUAAUCAAAUUAAUUGAAUUCAUCUGUUAUACAUGAAUGCCAUAAUGAUGAUGAUGACGAUGAAAUAUAUUAUCUAGAACAGUGUCCUAUAUUAAUCUAAUCCCUAUAUCCAAAACCUAACCCCCACCUCAUCCCACCCCCAUUCUUGAUCUUUGGUAAAUAAUCACUGUUAAAUGUAUUUGUGUGUGUGUGUGUGUAUAAUAUGUGAGUCUAUAUUGAGAGAGAGAAAAAGUUUGAAAAUGACAAGGGAAGUAACUAAUGUUUCAAACCAUCCUGAAUAUAUAUACAUACAUAUAUAUAUUAACUUUCGAAUUUCUCUUUACAUACUUAUUGUUGUUCUUAAUUAUUUGUUAAUUAUUGUCAACUUAAUUUUAUUGCUUUGAGAAAUAAUAUGCACAUAGUGACUUUUUUUAAAAAAAAUCUGAAUAAAACUUCCCAAUAAACCUAAAAAACAAUCAGUAUCUUUUUGAAAGUAACCAUGGCAACAAAACAAAUUUCUUUUUCGUCAGUUAACCAACUAACUAAUUAUUAUUAUUACUACUACCAAUCUCGAAGAGAUAGUAUCCAUAUAUAUAUACAUAUACAUAAGUAUAUGUUUCAAUGUACAUGUAUAGAAACAAGAAAAUCAUUGUAUUUGAUUAGAAAGAACACAAAAUUAAUGUUAUUGAUCAGGUUUGGUUUGAACGUUUCGUUAAGCAAUAAUGUAUUGCUUGAAAUAUUCUUUUCUAUUUACGAAGAAACAAACAAAAAAGAAGAGAUGAUUUCCACUGUUCAAAACUUAUUCAACAAAUAAGUCUGCUUGAAUGAUUAAUUAUAAUAAUAAUAAACACUGUAGAAUCUAUCACUGAGCUCAAUACAAAAUAAAGAAUCUAUUGAGAUUUUUGUUAAAUUCUUUCUUAUUAUUGAGCAGAUGUAUGCACACACACACACACCUACACAAAUUACAUCUCACUAUAAGCUUUCUUUAUGUAAAAAAAGCCAAUAGGUGAGAAUAUGAAAUUUUUAUUGGUGAUGAUGAAAAUGACAAUGAUGAACCACUUCCUCAUCAUCUGAUCACGUUGAGUCUUUUGUAUUUGUUGUCUUGCCUUACCAAUAAUUUUGUAUUCAUCCCACCCCAAUUUUCCGUUUGUGUUUUUUUAUCCUCACAAACUUGCCUUGUCUUUUAAAUCUAGAAAAAAAAAUAUAUUUAUCAUAUCUUUGUUGCUAAAUAAAAUGCUUUUACAGUA